CCCUCCAAUCCAAUUCAGUCUUCUUGGUAGUUUUCUGGGUAUUCGCCGUCUCUCAGAAUUCAUUCCAUAUUUCAACAAAAAGAAAAUUCUCUCAUUCCAAGUUUUCUGUUUAGGGUUUCAAAUUUCUACUGCAGAGACCAAAUCCAAUGACCCAUGACUCUCCACUUAUGGCAAAACUCCAAUUUUUCUUGAGAUGUUAGGUAGAGAAGAUAAAGAGCCCCAUGCCGGUGUUUCCCGGAGACCCUAUUUACGGUCAGUUUCUUGGACUGACCGGUCACCUACUAGUAACCCAAUUCCAAAACCACAGCCAGGAGGAACCAAGGGACGCGCUGGUUUGCCGCCCCUUUCAAUAACAAGGAGGCCUGUUGAGGAAUGGCCAAGGGCUGGCUCUGAUGAUCUUGGUGUGUGGCCAAAUCCCCAGACGCCUAGAGGGUCUGUUAAGGCUCCUGAGAAUUCUGGUGUUGAUAGGGAGUUUCAGCUUAAGAAGGAUAAGCUAGCAUUUUUUGAUAAAGAAUGUUCCAGGAUUGCUGAGCAUAUAUAUUUAGGGAGUGAUGCGGUGGCCAAAAACCGUGAAAUUCUGAGGCAGAAUGGGAUUACUCAUGUUUUGAACUGUGUUGGGUUUGUUUGUCCUGAAUAUUUCAAGAGUGAUCUUGUGUACAAGACACUCUGGUUGCAAGAUAGUCCGUCAGAGGAUAUCACGAGUAUUCUCUAUGAUGUGUUUGAUUACUUUGAGGAUGUUCGAGAACAAGGUGGGCGGGUUCUGGUGCACUGUUAUCAGGGAGUGUCAAGAUCAACGUCUUUGGUUAUUGCCUAUCUCAUGUGGAGGGAGGGCCAGAGCUUUGAGGAUGCAUUUCAAUUUGUUAAGGCAGCUCGUGGGGUGACUAAUCCAAAUAUGGGAUUUGCUUGCCAACUUCUGAUGUGCCAGAAAAGGGUGCACGCAAUGCCCGCAAGCCCAAAUUCUAUGCUUAGGAUGUAUAGGAUGGCCCCACACUCAUCCUAUGAUCCUCUUCAUCUUGUACCAAAAAUGUUAAACAAUGCAGGUAUAAAAGGGCUAGACUCACGUGGGGCGUUCAUUGUGUACGUUCCUUCUGCUAUAUAUGUCUGGAUUGGGGAGAAUUGCAACUCUGUUAUGUCAAGUAGUGCUGGAGUGGCUGCCAAUCAGGUAAUUAAAUAUGAAAGGGCAAAGGGUCCUAUUGUCACUAUUAAAGAAGGGGAGGAGCCUUUGGAUUUUUGGGAUGCUCUUACAAAUGGACAACUCUUGGCAGGUGGUUGUGACAAUCCAGAGGUCAGGAAGGUAAGCAAUUUACCUUCUGAGAAUGAUACAAUUGGUGUGGCAAUCCAAAAUGCGGUUGGUGGAAAGAAGGUAGAUGACUAUGAUUUGGAUUUUGAACUUUUCCAGAAGGCACUUGCUGGGGGUGUUGUUCCACCAUUUUCAGUGUCAGAUGGUGAAUUUGAAACUUGCCUUCCAGCUAGAGAAAAUGGGUGGGGGAGGCUAAGACAGAAGUUUGCCAGUGGUAUCAUGAAGGAGUUUGUCAAUUCGUCUAGGCUGAGUUUUGGCAUGGCACCAACAAGUGAUCAAGCUGAUAUGAUUAUAGAUGCUCAUGAAGACUUGGAAGAUGAUGUUUGUAAGAAUGAUUUUUCUUCACCAUCAUCCCCAUCAACCAAUCGAUGCAGUUCACCUGCUUCCUUUGAUUGUUCCCUAAAUAGUAGUGCAGGCAGAAUUAGGGAUCCUACUAAAGAGGUGGAACACUGUAUGUCUUUGACAUAUUCCUUUUUGCCACCUGCAUCUCCUUGUGGUUCAUCACAUUCCUUCUCUUCUUUUGCUGCUAGCAGCCCAAAAUUCAGCUCCAAGUCUCCUACACUUUCACCUUCAACCUCUGAUUAUGCCAGUUCAUUUACUUUUUCACCCUCAUCUUCCAAUUGGUCUGACUUGUCAUAUUUGUCUUCUCAGCAGCCUUCACCUUCUGCCCUUGAAGCUACCGAUCUGUUUUCUAGUAAGAAUGCCUGCUUCGCAGACAACUCUUGUUGUCUGUAUAAAGAAGCUCCAGCAUCACCUGCAAAGGCAUUUUCUUUUAAUCAUAGUCUCAGAGUUGCAAAUACUUGUUCACCAUGUAAAGGGUAUUGUCCCUCAAUUGCAGAGCGCAGAGGUAGUAAUCCUCCACCUAGGAUGCUAUUAUCGUCGCUUGAUGAACCUUGUAAAGUCACCAAGAACCUUGUAAGGUCCAGGUCCUUUUCUCUACCUGACUUGGAUGAUGAUGCACUGAAAGACGUAGAUGACAAUCAAUUUGAGCCUGAAGACAGUAGAGAAGAGCCAAUGUUAGAUGCUGUUGACACUGGCGAUGAGUCACAUAGUGGAACUGAAGCCAGAAGGGUGUUUGGUGAGUCUUAUCUUCAAUUGGAUGAUGUAAUCAGUAAAGGCUUAGAGGUAACAGCCUCAGCUCUGUACCAGUGGCCUUCAUUAUGUAAAGUGGAGAUGCAUAGUUCUCACAUCCUUGAUUCUAGAUCAGCAUACAUGUUGCUGGUUACAGAUGUGAGUUUUGGCACAAGUAAUUCUGAUGUUUUAUAUGUCUGGCUGGGCCAUAAAUUUGUGAAUGAAAAUUGGCAUGGUCAAUCAAUCAGCGGUGGGUGUACGCCCAAGGAUGUUCAUCUUCAUGGGGAAACAAUUGGCCGUAACUUUCUUAAGCACAUUGGUUUACCAGCAAAUGUCUCUUUACAGAUAAUUAGAGAAGGUGCAGAGCCAGCAGAGUUCCGAAACCAUGUAAACGGUUUUCUUAUUUCAAAAGGCUGAACACGAACAACUGCAAUAAUAUGGUUCCUUCAAGGAGGUUGUGAUCUUUUUGCUGCUUGCAACUAAGGUCAUAAUGGAUCUGUUGUGGCUUUUGUAAACGUAUGAAUUGGCAUCCCAAGUGGUACAAGGGGUUGUAUCUGCUUGUGUGAUGUAUGGAGAAGAUUUGAGGUGACCAUGUACAGAAAACAAGUCUCCUUUUUCAGUAGUAGGUAUCAUUAUGUGCCCCAAAAAGGAUGGCUUAACUACUCGACUUCGAGAUUCCGACUUCGAGAUUUUAAGUCAAACCAUGAGUUAAGUGGAAAUGGAUUUGAAAAAAGAGAAAGCUUAUUAUCUCUUGUAUAGUCCAUUAUUAAAUGUAACAAAAAAAAAGUGUAGGAAUUAUUAAGUUAACAAUAAUUUGGAAUAAGCAAGUUAAGAAUUCCUUUCUUUGUUCUUAAGGUAUCUGUUAUCUUUAGGCUAUAUCCAGCACCGAAGGUGUUGUUUUAAUAUAAUGAUAUGAUCUAU